AUGAUUAAUGACUUACCAAAGAUAGUUAUAAAGGCAAAAUGUCUACUGUUUGCUGACGAUCUUAAACUGUCCCUAGCUAUUACCGACGAACAGGACUGUGAAGUGCUUCAGGAGGAUAUCGACAGAGUAGUGAACUGGAAUAAUCAAAAGCCAAGGAAAGUGUGCGAAGAAGGUACAACGCGCCUGGUAGACACAUGCAACAGUUGCUAUUGCCAUAAAGGACGAGAAUAUUGCGAAAACAACAUUUGUGAAGAGGUCGAGCGAAUAUUAUAUACCCAGGCUUGCACGGAAGGAGACAAACGUCAGUUGGAUGAGUGCACUAAUUGCUUCUGUCAUGGCUUAACGAAAUGGGCGUGUCUAAGAUAUUGUGAAACCAGGAAACCUGAGUUACCACCUACACUACCGCCUACACCACCAUCUUGUACGCUAUCUCCUAAGCCAUCUACUAAGCCAUCUACUGUACCAACAACGACCGAAACACCAAAGAAGCAAGUCCGCUUUUAUGAUGAAAAAGGACAGCCUAUAUUUAUGAUUACCAAAAAUAGUUACCCAUGUGUAGAUGAAACAUUGCAUGUAAUAGAUUCAUGUAACGCGUGUUACUGCAAGUUUAAAAAAUGGUAUUGUGGAGAGAUUCAUUGUGUUCCUGACAAGAAUAAGAAGCCCCCAGUUUCAGCAAAAUGCCCUUUAGGAAAACAAUUUCCAUUGGGUGUAAGUUGGCGGUGUCAUUGCUUGAAUGUUAACCAACAAAAGUAUAACUGUAAAAUAGAAAGAAAGAAUGUGGUGGCUGCCACAGUGUGUCCAAAAGAAAAAAAAUGGGAUCCAAAAAUUUGUAAAGGUGGCAAACCGAAACCUUGCGAGGUUGACACCACAUUCCUAUUAGAUGCAUGCAAUUUCUGCGUUUGCCAUAAUAAAGCAUAUUCGUGUACGCAAGUGGAUUGCUCCAAAAUCAAAAGAAGAUCUGGCAGAUGUGUCGAAGGACACAAAUAUUACUUGGCUGAUAGUUGUAACUUCUGCAUAUGUCAAGGCGGCCAGGAGUUCUGCACGUCAAGACCUUGCCUGCCCAAUGCUGAUGCACAACUCCAAGGAGGGUCAACUUCACGUGCUGUAGCGAGUCCAGAGCGGCAACUCGGGACUUGCGUUGAUUAUGAGGAAGUCCUUUCCGACGGUGCUUGCAACACUUGCAUAUGUCUGCACGGCCGAAAGAUCUGCACUAUGACACAUUGCACUGACAGAACUGCAGACUGGACAACCCGACUUGCUGCUGCUCACAACCAUAUACAAUACAAAACUCGUAAUGCCGCAUGUCCCAAAGGUACCUUCAUCCACAACCCGAACCAGCCCUGCAGUAUAUGUCUUUGUGGCGGCAACGAUCCAGGGUCCCACAAUAUGUGCUUCACAGAUGCCGAGUGUGUCAAACAAGACAUCAGCCACUUGAACGGCUAAACUGUGGUUUCUUUGUGAAUAUCAACGUCAAUAAAUCUUAUGAAACUGGU